AUGGCUGAAGAACAUCGUGCUCCUCUCCGCCUGGGGUCAACUGCUCCAAAUUUCAAGGCUGUUACCACCAAGGGUGAAAUCGACUUCUACGAGUUCAUUGGUGACAAAUACGUCGUUCUCUUCUCUCAUCCUGAUGAUUUCACUCCUACCUGCACGACUGAACUCGGAGCCUUCGCCAAGCUCGAGCCUGAGUUCACUGCUCGUGGUGUCAAGCUCAUUGGAUUGAGUGCCAACACUCUCAAGUCACACUAUGACUGGAUCAACGACAUCAACGAGGUUACUGGAUCUGACCUCCAGUUCCCAAUCAUCGCCGAUGCUGAUCGGAAGAUAUCGUACAUGUAUGACAUGAUUGAUUACCAGGACACAACCAACGUUGACGAGAAGGGGAUGGCCAUGACCAUCCGUUCCGUCUUUAUUAUUGAUCCCAACAAGAAGAUUCGGUUGACCAUCAGCUACCCUGCAUCCACUGGCCGGAAUGCUGCUGAGGUGCUGCGAGUAAUCGAUGCCCUGCAGACAACCGAUAAGAACGGUGUGAAUACCCCAAUUAACUGGAACGUUGGUGACGACGUCAUCAUUCCUCCUGCUGUGAAGACUGAGGAUGCCAUCAAGAAAUUUGGCGAUGUUAGAAUUGUUAAGCCGUACCUUCGCUAUACUACCAUCAAGAACUAA